AUGACGCUCGCAGAGAUGAAAGCAGCCUACGAAAAGGCCCAAGCAGAGCUGGCCCAAGAAAGGGCAUCCACUGAAACCUUGCAAAAAGAGCUCGAUUCUGUGAAGAGCUCAAGAUACCAGUCGCGUUUUAAGACUGGUGGGAAGCCGAGAAAGCUGACAUUCGAGAUGCCCGACGAUUUCGAAGAUCUGACCGACGACGAAGAGCCCCAAGGUGAGGAAGACGGAUCGAACUCAGACCCGGUGACCCAGCGCCUGAACAAGAUGGAUGCUCGCAUGACAAAGCAUUACUCUCGCCUGAUGAAGCUAAUGAUCAAGCUACCCGGAGCACCCACACCAGUAGAGACCGAACCAACCGACGGGUAUGCGGCAUCACCAUUCUGUGAAGCGAUCGCUAGUGUAACGGUCCCACACACACUUCGACUCCCUACCUGGACCACCCUGUAUGAUGGAACGUCUGAUCCUUACCGACAUGUCAACUUCUACAAGCAGCGCAUGUGGCAGAUCGGAAUCCCAUACGAUUUGGUCGAGCUUGUCAUGUGCAAGUCGUUCGGCGGUACCCUCGAUGGAGCAGCUCUGGAAUGGCUCAUGAACGUCGCCCCCGGAUCCAUCUCUUGCAUGUCCGACCUAAUCAACGCUUUUUAUCAACAGUUCGCCAGCAGUCGCCAAUUGGAAAAGCAAACCAGUGACCUCUAUCGGUUGGUUCAAGGACCAACCGAGUCGGUACGCGAUUACUUUAACCGCUUUAAUUGUGAAAAAAUUAGUAUAAAAAACUGUGAUGUCAGGACAGCUAUCGAGGCAUUCAAAAGAGGUCUCAUCCCCAACUCGGAGCUGUACCGGGAAAUAACCAAGUACCCCUGUGCAACCUUCGAGGAGGUGCGAUCGAGAGCCACCGCCCAAAUGCGGAUUGGAGACGACGAGGUCAUCCAAACAGCAUCCCAACGCUCAACAGGGGGCAGCAGCGACAGGAGAUCGUACACCCCAAGGAGUAGCAGCUGGAAUGAACGGGUCGUUUAUCCCCCCAUCUCUGAGUAUGGCUUCAACGUCGACAUCGGAGGCGUGGUAAACGCCCUUCAAAAUGUAGGUGGUACCGUCAGAUGGCCUAAGAAAAGUGACAGACCAGACUCCAUGAAGGACAUGAGCAGGUGGUGCGACUUCCACCGCGACAAUGGCCACACAACCGAGGAAUGCAUCUCCCUCAAAAAGGAGGUAGCGUAUCUAUUGAAAAGAGGCCACUUGAAGGAUCUGCUGAGCGACAAAGGGAAGGAGGCGUACAACAAGGACAGCUACGCCCAACCCAGCCCAGCACCAAGCAGCGACCGACCGGCCCCGCCCAUGUUCGAAAAAGUGGUAAAUGUUAUUUCUGGUGGUUCAGAUAUAUGUGGACUAACUUCUUCUGCAGCUAAAAAAAUCAACAGAGGCGAAUCUGAAGCCGUCAAAGAGGGGCAGACCGAAGAUGAAGUAGCACUCGACAAGUCAUUAGCAGCGAUGACAAUAACCUUCGACGAUUCAGAUUCAACCGACACACAACAGGAACACCACGACGGGCUAGUCAUAUCGCUCCCAAUAGGCAACGCUCUCAUCAAAAGUAUACUGAUCGACAACGGCAGUUCAGCAAACGUACUGUUCUUAGAGGCUCUGCAAGAAAUGGGACUAGAAGAAAAGAGUAUAAUCACAAGGUCGACGGUUUUAGUAAGAUUCAGUGGAGAGUCGCUACGAAUAGUAGGGGAGAUAUCGUUGCCUACGUACGCAGAAGGUGUUAAUGUGAUGACCAAGUUCAAAGUCGUCGACUGCCCAUCAGCAUACAACGUCAUUCUAGGACGACCAUGGAUCCACAAAAUGAAAGCAGUGUCAUCGACAUACCACCAGUCAAUCAAGUUUCCAACCAAAUGGGGAGUCAUGGAAAUCAAAGGACAACAAAGGGACGCAAAGAAAUGUUAUGAAACGACGCUGAAACCAUCAAAGUCAUCCAUCUAG